UCUUCUCGGAGCGAUGGAAGGAGAGGGAGGACGAGAGAGAGAGAGAGAGAGAAAGAAGGAAAUGUUGCUCGAUAAUCAGAUAGAAACGAAAAGAGAAAAUGCGCUGCGAAGCGAGUAGAAAAAUUCAGGUGGACUUCGGCGAGGUAGAAACGGGCGCCGCGGCCGUCAAGUGCCUGGUGAUAGUCAACGAAAGUUGCCCUUCAGCAUUUUGCGAGAGUGCACUCACGUUGCUGCGAGCACUGAUCGAUGAUGUGAUACAGAUCGAGCAGAUCUACGAGGCUCGAAGAGACGCGGCUACCAAUCCGCUGGAUCACGUGUUUGAAUUAUGCUGCUAUUCGUGGUCUCUGCUUCCUGGCCAUGCGUACAAGUGCAAAAUAUACUAUCGACCGUUCGUGCCGUUCACCGUAAACGUAGAUUACUUUACGAUCGUGGAUUCAGCUGGCGGACGCGCGGAAAUCCAAGUUCGCGGAACGUGCAUCGGACCCGUGGUCUCGUUGUCCGUCACGAGAUUAGUCAUGGUGUGCACGAGCGAGAAUCGCCUGGCGAAAAAGCGGAUCAGGCUCGUCAACGAGUCGAAAGCCACGGCGACUUUCGUGUUCGACGUCGACCCGCUUCGGCAGCCGUUCGAAGCGAAUCCACGGCACGGGCACAUCGAGCCCUCCUCUCGCAAAUGCGUAACGAUUACCUUCGCGCCGCGGGAAGCCGGGAUCUACGCACGCCACUUCCCGUGUUUGAUCCUGAAUCAUAAACCGAUUAUCAUAGAAUUAUACGGCUACUGCUGCACGGCGUUAUGUAAAAUCAUACAUAGCCGCUUUAAUUAUCCUUCGAGAUUAAAAAAUGGCUUCGAAGGAUACACGAGUGAUACUGUCAUCGCCGCGCAAGAUUUACCUGCGAUUUCUUCAUCGAAGAAUUGCAUCGACUUUGGCCAGGCCGACGUGGAGGUGGAAAACGCUACACGAAAAAUUCCGGAAACCCUGUGUCUCACUAAUCACAGCCAGUCCGACGUAUUAAUUAAAUGGGAUCAUGACGUCAAAGAAAUUUUCGUUAUAACACCCACUAUUGCGAGGAUACCGGCGAGUCAGACGGCUCUGUUCGAAGUCACGUUCAGUCCCGACCGAGCGAGUAAUUUCUUUGCGAGAGACCUCGUCGGAGAUGUUUUUGUCGAACGACAAGAAAACCACUCCGGAGAAGAAGCCCUGACGUUCCCCGCGAUCACAUCCGUGCGACUAAUCGGCCACUCCUUUCCCGUUUGCUCCGAUGGUUGGAUUCCGCAGUACGAGGCACCUCACGUAGUUAAGAUGUUCCCUUGCAUGCCGUCGUCAUCGACGUACACCACGUUCCUGAUACGAAAAUACGGGCAUCUACCGCUGAUGUAUCGCUUUGUGCCACCGGCAUCGAGCCACUUCGUCGUGAAGCCGAUGAUGGGCGUAAUUCAUCAAGAUUAUCAAAUCAUUGUAGUCGGCAUGUUACCCGAAAACAAUGACGAACGCGUUUAUAUGGAACGUUGGGCGAUACGUUUCAACGGAAACACGAAAUCGGAAUGUUUCAUAGAUUUUCAGGGAUACACAGAAUACGCGAAUGUCAGUUUCUGCGGCAGAGAUAUCGUGAGCUUCGCACCGACAUUUCCAGGCUGUCAGACCCCGCAGCAGUUCUGCAUGCGAAAUAUCACUCGACAUACAAUAAAAUAUGAAUUUAUUAACGUGGCGCCUGAACUUCAAAUGCGAAAUGGAUAUGGCAAAAUUUGCGCGAACGAUAUCAUCACUCACAAAUGGUUCUUCUGUCCUACAGUACUUGGAGUCUACGAGUUUGAUAUAAAUUGCUUAUUAAUCGUACUGAAAGAGGGAAUACCCGUUGGCUUUAGCGUCUGUGUAACAUUACAUGUAACAGGAAGAUGCGAAUCUGGCUUUCUUGUGUCAACGCCGGACGAAUUGAACUUCGGAAUCCAAGCGUACAACGAUACGAAAGAAUUAAGUUUUCACGUAUCUAAUUUGAGUCCCGUAAACAUCUAUUACAAAAUAACACGUAACCAUUGCAAUUGGCCAGUCGGGAAUAUAGAACGUGAUGUAAAAAUACAUCCGAUCGUGGAUAACGUUCUUGCCGGACAAGAGAAAAUCAUUACUAUUUUUAUCACACCCACUAUUCCGGGAUAUUACGAAUUUUUCGUUCAAUAUUUUAUGAGAAUGAGUUCUGACAUGAACACGUUGAUCCCGAGUCAGACACCGAGGAAUAUCUGUAAAGUGCGCUGUUUAUGUAUAUUGCCUACUUUGAAGGUGAUAGAUCUGCAAUGUUGCGGAUCUUAUCCGGAUAUGAGCAAAGCUCUCUUUUGGAAGCUGAUGAAAAUAAACACGCUCAAUAUGUUACUCAGAGAUUUGCAACCGGGAACGUCACAAACGUUGCACAUUAAUUUCCCGGCAAUGAUUUUACAAAGCCCAAAGAUUAUCGUAAAAUUGCUUCUAAUAAACGCAGCUGAAGUGACUGCUUCGUGGAAUAUAAAAAAAAUACAGCUCUGUUCCUGCCGGCCAGUUACAAAGAUUCAAGGCUUCAAAUCUCUUCCACGUGCGAAAUACGAUUGCUUGCAUAGGAAAGUGUGUUCUAUAUUGCCAAAAACGGGAAAUCUAAAACCAAGAGAGGAGACCUGGAUAACUCUAGAGCUACAUUACGUAUUGCUAGGCGAGACCGAGGCAAAGUUCGACUUGGAUCUUGGAGAUAACCGUCAUAUUUUCUUUGUCACGAAGAUUGAAUCUUUAUCCGAUUCUGAUAAUAAGCUCCAUCUUUUAAAUGGUUCGCAUUUUCAAUUUCAGCAUGUUUACAUUGGAGAGAAGGAUCCUAUUUAUCAGGUGUGUUGGCUGCAUAAUGGAACGAACCACAGCAUUCCGUUUUCCAUAAACCCGAGAAUGAUGUACGAAAUAAAUCAGGAAUAUUGCUAUAAGGUUUUUUCCUGCGCGGCUCCACGCGGAAUUGCGAAUCCGCAAACUUCCGUCCCAAUUCUUUUAAAGUUUCAGCCAAGACGAUUCGGCAUAUUUAAGGGGAAACUGCGUUUAACUUUGGGUGACAAAGAAGAAGAACUGACACUUGAAGGCGAAUCCUCUUUGCCACAUAAACCAGCAACAAUUGGAGAAUAUGUGUCAUGCGAACGUAACUUCGAGGAUGACGAAGAUAUUCCUAUAUUCUUUAAUACUGACUGCAUAGACGUUUCUCACAUGGCUACGCACAGCCAUGUAGUUAAAAUGAUUAUGAUACACAAUAAUUUGGUGCAAGAUGUACUCGCUUACGAAUGGAAAAGACGUGAGAUAUCGGACUUAAUCCACGUGGAAAUUUAUCCGCGAAAAGGCUUGAUAAAACCAAUGUCCACUAAAAGCUUUCGUGUAAAUAUAUAUAGCAAAGGAUACCCUUGCAUGAUUAAUAUUGAUAUACCGUGCAAGUUUAUUAAUACCAGCGAAAGGCGGAUCUAUCAGCGAAGUGUAUAUAUUCAUGAAGGCUUGUCUCAAGAAUUGAAAGAACAGUUUACUAUCACGGAAAAAGGCAUUAGCGUUCCAGAAUUACCGACGAAGAUCUUAGAAAAACCUCAUCCGUUUUACAAAGCCAUAACGAUUCGAUGUUCUAUAUACAGCGUGGAAGAUAAACUUUUGAAAGUUAGUCUAAAGAAAGAAUUAAUAGGUGCUCCGCCAAAAGAAAUAUGCAUCGAAGAAAACGAGAAAAUGACAUUCGAAAAAGAAGAUAUUAGUCGAUCUUCAUUCAUUAUAGAGGGUCUAUUGUGGGAGAUAAUCAAUAGUAAACUAUUCAAAGAUCUAAUGCAGGACAUUUUGCGAGAAAGAUUGAAUUUAUUUUACUCGCAAUUUAAAAUGAGUUCGUACGAAAGAAAAAGAUUGAUACGAAGAUCAUACACUUCACCGCCGCGAGCGUUAAUUAAUCGUGUAUUUGAAGAGAUGUUAUUCAUCAUAAUGCACGAAGAAUUUGCUUUGAAAACUGCACAUUUAGUUCAACAUACAGACGUCAGACACACAGACUACUUGAACUUGAUACCUAGCGUGAGCAGGCGAAACACAAUCAGACGAGAAACAUUAUUGCUGCGUCAAGAUAGAUAUGACUCCACCUUAUCAGACUUAAUACCUUCAGAGUUACCUCCUAGAAUAUCUUUUGCCGUGUAAUUAUACAAGGCACAUGAGAGAGGCUUAUUUAUUAUUCAUCGGAUCUUUCGAGGAAGCGAUCUUUCAUUUAGUUGGUAAGCCAUCUUACUUUUUUUCUUGCUCAACCAAUGAGUUAAUUCGAAAACGCACAGACGAAAAAAGGAACUGCAUUUUAACGAUACCAAGUGUAAUCAUAAAUGAAAUGUAAAAAUUUGAAAUGCG